AUGAGCCUGACCCAACAGAAGAACCAAGCUCCUCACAUGGAUCAUGGCAAGUUCAGGGCUACAGACAGAGUCCUGCUGCAGAGUCCUGCUGCAGAGUCCUGCUGCAGAGUCCUGCUGCAGAGUCCUGCUGCAGAGUCCUGCUGCAGAGUCCUGCUGCAGAGUCCUGCUGCAGAGUCCUGCUGCAGAGUCCUGCUGCAGAGUCCUGCUGCGGUGCUCUGGUAUGCACUUUUACUUCUAACCCAUGUGUGA